AUGGCGGGACUGAAGCCCAGCGUCAACCUCUUCGCGCUCCUCGACCGCAACGAUCCCGGCGACAAACUAGUGACCGACCUCGACGACGCCAAUGCCAAACAAGAUGCGACGGCGGCGGCCAAGCACAAGAAGACGGCGGCGCCGGCUGCCAGUCUUACCAAGGAUCUAUUGGCCCAGGCAUACCCUACCGCACGGGAUUACGUGAUCAGGAAAAAUCAGCUGGAGAGACGGGCCAGGGCCGAGGCCGAGGCGGCGGCAAGGGCAAAGACGAACAUCGGAGUUUCCGGCGGUGAUAAGAGCGCGGGGGCUUCGGCCGACAGCAGCCAGGUACAAGAUGGAGCAAGGCGAGGCAUCAGAUACAGCAAUAACUACUACAACAACGGAGCAUCGAGGAAGCAGCAACCCGGCAUGCCGGGAAAGUUUGGAGCUCCACAGAGGCAGCUACCCAACAUGCCGCUGAACGGGGCGCCCCCUGCAGAAGGCGUGGAGGCGCCGCCGCCACCGAGCCUAGAUGACACCAACGAGUUCCCUUCGUUGAAGUAG